GCGGAAGUUCCCCCCGCCCCGGCGCUCCCGCUCCUCGGUCUGUGGGGCCGCGCUGCGCCGUUCAUGGAAGAGAUGUCAGGAGAGAGUGUGGUGAGCUCAGCAGUGCCCUCGGCUGCCACCCGCACAACUUCCUUCAAAGGCAGCAGCCCCAGCUCCAAGUAUGUGAAGCUGAACGUGGGGGGGGCUCUGUACUACACCACCAUGCAGACCCUGACCAAGCAGGACACCAUGCUGAAGGCCAUGUUCAGUGGCAGGAUGGAAGUGCUGACAGACAGUGAAGGCUGGAUCCUGAUCGACCGCUGUGGGAAACACUUUGGGACAAUCCUGAACUACCUGCGUGACGGGGCCGUCCCGCUGCCCGAGAGCCGCAGGGAGAUAGAGGAGCUGCUGGCUGAGGCCAAGUACUACCUGGUGCAGGGGCUGGUGGAUGAGUGCCAGGCAGCCUUGCAGAACAAAGAUGCAUAUGAACCCUUCUGCAAGGUUCCUGUCAUCACCUCUUCCAAAGAGGAGCAGAAACUGAUAGCCACUUCUAACAAGCCAGCAGUGAAGUUGCUGUACAACAGGAGCAACAACAAAUACUCCUACACCAGCAACUCUGAUGACAACAUGCUGAAGAACAUCGAGCUGUUUGAUAAGCUGUCCCUGAGGUUUAAUGGCAGGGUGCUCUUUAUCAAAGAUGUGAUUGGGGAUGAGAUCUGCUGCUGGUCCUUCUAUGGGCAGGGGAGGAAGAUUGCUGAGGUCUGCUGCACUUCCAUCGUGUAUGCUACUGAGAAAAAACAGACAAAGGUGGAGUUCCCAGAAGCCCGGAUCUAUGAGGAGACACUGAACAUUCUGCUCUACGAGUCCCAGGAUGGGAGGGGACCUGACAAUGCCCUCCUGGAGGCCACAGGAGGGGCUGCUGGUCGCUCCCACCACUUGGAGGAAGAUGAGGAGCGAGAGCGCAUCGAGCGCGUGCGGAGGAUCCACAUCAAGCGCCCGGAUGACAGAGGGGCCCAUCUGCACCAGUGAGCCCAGUACAGCCCAGCACAGCCCAGCCUGCCCAGCCCUCCCUGGGGGUGCUGCCCCUCCUCUCCUCCAUUACCUGCAGCAGAGGACCAGGUGGUUUAUUCAGCAAAGUCUGUAAAUUACGUUUUGUUAACAAACUAGGUUAUUUGGGGGUAUUUAAAUGCAGUAGUUCUAGGAUGGGAAUAAGUGAGGGUACUGGGCAUGCAAGAGAUGCUGUAAGGACCUGUUGAGCACCUGGAGAAAUGCCCUGAAUUUUUAGCACUCGUUGUCUUUGCUAUUUUGUGUCUAGAGAGGAAGAGGCUUCCUUUGGCUUUAGUAAUUAUCCUGCACUUUAAAAAACCAACAAACACCACAAAACAAAACAGAGGUCAACCAGCAGUGCUCCCUCCCUCUGGGCACUCACUGGCCCUUUCUCCUGAGCUUUCUGGCACGGGGGAAAUGCAGAUCUGACCCCCCCAGAGCUGCUGCUGAGCUCCCUUUCUCCCAAGCCUGUAGGCAGUGGGGUUGGUGGCUCAGGAGGGCUCCAGUGUGACUCCCAGAACUGACCUGUGCUGACUUCAUUCCUGCAGUGCUGGGGGAGCCCUCGGGGUGAGGGGAGGCUCCUUGGGCUCAGCUGCUGGGUGCUGGCUGGGCCACCCUGCUGUUUUCAGGACCUGCUCCUCCAAGGGUCCAGUGGAGCCUCAUCCCUCCUUUAACCAAGAUGUUAAAAUUCCUCCAAAAGGAGGAUUGGGAGCAAAUUGUCUGUGAUUCCUUUUCCUUGGGGUGGUCUUGCUGCCCAUUUGUGCUUAGAAUUUCUGCCAGGCUCUGGCUCUCAGCUGAGGAGUUGAUUUCCAUCAGCUGGCAGGGCUGGCAGGGGGGUCCUUCCUCUCUGGGAAGGGCAGAGCAGCAGCAGCCCAGGCUCAGCUCCUGCAUAGAGGAGCAGGGGCUGGCUUGGAGGAGUCUGCAGUGGCCUAGAGAUGCUUAUUCCUUGUUUAACUUUAUCCUGAGCAUAUUCCAAGUCUUUUACAGAAAUGGCAGCUGUGUGUGUGAGGAAAGGGCAGAGCUGAACUGCUGGGCAGAGAAGCCCCUGUAGGGGAGUUUCUACAAGUGGUUUUUCUGUUGUAAUGAAUAUUUUCUCUACCUCCUUGUCUCUUGUUGCCCGUGGUGCAGGCAGGGGGCAGGUACAGGGGCAGAUGUUGUGUUCCUCUCUCGGGCUGGAUGCUGCAGGGUAAGGUCAGAAAUCUUGAGAGGGGGAGAAACCUGAGGGGGGAAGUCUCACCUUGCUGGCAGGCCAGCAGCUUGGCUGACACCAGAGAACUCUGGGCCAUGCUGGAGGUUUUUGACCCUUUAUCUGGAAUAUCCAGCAGUGGCUUUAGCAGCCAGCCAGCUGAGGUGGGGCAGCAGCUCCAUGGUCCUGUUCCUCAGCCAGGGUGGGUGUUUGGUUUUGCCCAACCUCCUGCUGCAAGAAUUCCUCCUCCUGGCUCAGGGCUGCUGCUGAGAUGUUCACAUCUUAAAAACCAAAGGUGUUGUCAGCAUCACCAGCCACCUUACCCCAGCUCUUCUGUUCCAGACAGCAGCUGCAGCCCCACCUGUGUGCAGCUCAUCUCUAGAGGCUAAAAUAAAGCAGUGGUUGCUCUGUGGCACAAUUUGGCUAAAAUGGUUUCAAAGUUAGGCUGAGGGCAUCUCUCUGGUAACCAAAGACUUUCCUAAGUUGCAGGCAGCUGUGGGGGUUGUACCUGGCUCCUCUGCUCUUCCUUCAGCUCCCAGCUGAUCAGCCAGAAUUCCCCAGGGAGCAGCUCUGGCUGCUCUUCUGUAGUGCAGCAGCUUCAGGCACAGCCUGGCAGUUCCAGACAUGCUCUGUCCUGGUGUUAUGCUGGGUUUGCACAAGUCCCUGGUGCAAAUCAGGGCUGUGAAGGACCCAGUGCCUCUUCCCUGCCUCCUGUGACAAGCCAAGGGGUGGCAGGGAAGUCCCUAGCACUGUGUCCUCUGUCACCUCCUGUGCUCCUGGGGAAGGAAAGAACCCUCAGUGUGGAGCCCCCUGGCAGCCCUGCAGCCAACCCUCCUUGUUCCAUUCCUGCUAACCCUGAGCUGAGCUGCUGCCUGUGUCCCCAGGCAGUGCCAGGCUGGCUCUGGACACUCAGACAAAACACAGUCACCUCCUGGGGUGCCAGAUCAGGGGCAGCUCCAGGGGGGGACAUGUGUUGACAGCAGUGCUAAGCACCUGACAGGUCACAUCUGUGUGAUUAACUUCUCUGUAAAUAGAUCCUUAAACUGGCUUCAGGAUUUCCUCUUUUUUCUUUUUCAGGUUUUGCAAACUAAGUUCUUACAAAGCAGGGGAAUGGUUGUUUUUAAUCUUUGUACAGCAGCUCAUAGAGCUGUGUGGUUGAGUAGAGUCAUUCCUGCAGAGUUUGGGGACCUUUGGGGUUUGUUACUGCAUUUCUGGGCAGGCUCUGCCUUAACACACUCCUGCCUGACUCCCCUGGGCUGGAGGGGUGCAGUGAAGCUGUCCUGCUGGCACCUCCCCUCCUCCUCUCCCUGCUGCCCACUUGUCCUUGCUCUGUGGAGAGAAACUUUGUUAAUGCCAUGGCACAAAGGCUCUCAGCUCUUCAGCCUUUUUACUGGAAAUGGUUUUGCCCCUGCAGCAGCUUUUUGGGGUGCAGGUGGGGAACAGGGCAGCUCUCCCUGACCCCAGCAGCUCCUGACCUUACCUACUGCUGCCUCCUCUUACCAGGGAGUGCAGAGCUCUCUGCUUUGAUCCUCCAGCACCCCAGAGCUGUGGAGCUGACUCAGAUCUUCCUCCUGGAAGUGAUUUUGUCCAUCAGCAGAACACCAAAAAGCUGUGCAGCACCCCCAGCCCCUGGUUACAGCUCCCCAGGAGGGAGUUUACUCCCCCCCUGCACCAGUGGCACCAAAGCUCCUGCAUUUCCAUAAGGCUGGGUUUGGAUCCCACUUUGCAGCAGGAGAGCUCCAAGCUCCAGCCUCACCCUGGGGGACACAAAACCUGUCAGUUUUCCUGGACAAUAGCAGCACCUUCAGCUGCUCUGUACAAUCAGUCCCUCCCACUUUAUAUUUAUGCACAAAAAAG